AUGAGCGGCAAAGCAGGCGCAUAUGGCACAACCGGAGGAGGCGACACAGACUUCAGGAAAACAUGGGAUCGCGAAGAGAUGGCCAAGAAGGCCAAGGAGAGGGAGGCGCAGGACCGCGAAGAGGCAAAGGAACGCUACGAAGCCAAAGCAGCCGGAAAGACGUACAGGCGACGCGCAUCGACGCCCGAGGACCUGCGGCAAACAGAAGCACGAUCAGAGCGCAUAGACUGGAGCAAAAUGGUCGGCAAGCAAACGCUGACAUCGGCGGCGGCGGCUGUAGGCAAGCGGGGGCGUGGUGCUGGUGCAUACUGCCAGGCCUGUGACCUCACGUUCAAGGACAACAUUCAGUACAUCGAGCACUUGAACAGCAAGCAGCAUUUGGUUGCAACAGGGCAGUCGGGCGAAGUACGGAGAGCCACGCUGGAGGAGGUACGGGAUCGUCUGCGCUACCUGAAGAGGAAGAGAGACGAAGAUGCCAAGAACGAGGUGAUAGAUAUUGAUGCACGCCUGGCGCUGGGCAGGGAGAAGAUGGACCAAGAGGCUGAAGAGCGCAGGCGCAAGCGCAACGAGAAGCGAAGGGCCAAGAACAAGGGCGACAGCAAUGCUAUGGAAUGGAAGGUUGACGGGGACGGUGUCAUCGCCUGA